AGCUAUCCUUUCCUUGUCAACAUGGGCUUACCCUUUAGAGCUCAUACUAGCAUUUAGGUGCCUAUAAAGACGCAAUUUAUGCAAGAUCAGACAUAACAAAUCAAUCAGGUGGACAUCCCAAACGCGUGAAGCCAUGCCGCCACAUUUUCCCAGCAAUCCUGACCACGGGCCACACGUCGUGAGGCCGUUCCACAGGCACAAAUCGAUCCACCGGAUCCUGGGCGGAGGGAAAGCUGCGGACAUUCUGCUGUGGAAGAACAGGAAAGUGUCUGCUGGGGUUCUCGCUGGGGCCACGUUGACAUGGUUCCUGUUCGACGUGGUUGAAUACAAUGCAGUUCCGCUCCUUUGCCAGAUCGCCAUCUUCGCUAUGCUUGCCAUCUUCAUUGCCUCAAAUGCUGCGCCGCUCUUCGACAGGGCCCCGCCAAAGAUACCACAAGUCGUCGUCUCUGAACACGCCUUCAGAGAAAUGGCCAUGACCAUUCACCACAAACUGGAAUAUGCUGCAUCUCUUCUUUAUGAUAUCGCAUGUGGAAAGGAUCUGAAGAAAUUUCUCAUGGUGGUAGGAUCCCUGCUGUUAUUGUCAGUGAUUGGAGGUUCUUGCAGCUUCACAAGCCUACUCUACCUUGGAUUCUUGUGUGCCCACACUUUGCCAGUGUUGUACCAACAUUACGAGACAGAAGUGGACCAUCUCGUUGCAAGGGGUGGCCAAGACAUCAAGAAGUUCUAUGAGAAGGUUGAUUCCAAUUUGCUCAACAAAAUACCAAGAGGCCCUGUCAAGACGAAAUUCAGAUAAAAUAAACUCCAUGAAGCUGUCAGGACAUAAUAAUAAUUCCUACCAAGAUACUGGAGUAGAUUUCAAGAAAAAUGAACCUGCUA